UCUGGGGUCUAUUUAUGGCAAAGUGUGCGCUGCAUUCUUUAUUGUCCUGGUAUGGCGCCCCUUCUCAUUUUCCUUUCUUUCCCUUUCGCCGUCUAAAAAGAAUUCAUAACAGUUGGCAAGAUAGAAUUUCUCUCUUGAAGUGUAAUUUGUUGUGGGUGAAAUCAAAGUGUGAACUUUUCUUUCCCGCACCUGUUUCAACAGCAAAGUGAAAUACAAUUAGUGGUAUUAAAGGGAGCAUUUUCUAUUGGUUACAAACACAGUGGCUCUUUAUCAUUUCUGCUGAGGGUUAGGACAAUCAUCUAAACACUUACCAUCAAGAAGUGUAGCAAGUCUACAGUAUCAAGCCCUUUGGUUUUUUUUUUUCUACAAAUCAUGACUUCUUCCACAAACCGAGCACGGAAACUAGUGCUGAAGUGAUAAGUGGACGUUUUCUUGCCUAGGUGGGAACUCUUCUAGAAUGCCAACAUGUUACACCGAAUAACUCUUUGCAGUUUCUGUCUGUAUGCUCAGGUUUUCUGUGUGCUAACUACGGAAAUAACACUCCGUGGUUCGCAGUACAUAUCGUACAAUAUCAAACCGAGCGAAAUACGGAGUAAGAAGAACAUUUUAUCUUUCCGCUUCAAGACAAUCCAUCCAUCAGGUCUUCUGAUCUAUAGUCGAGGUUCAACCUGGGAUUACAUACAGCUUGAGUUGAUACAGGGAGCUUUGAAGUACACGGCAUAUCCAGGCGGCGUUGACAAGACGGAGAUCCAACUGGGGAAGGAUUUAUUUAAUGGCAAAUGGCAUACUGUGAGCGUGAACCGCAACGGUCGCUUAACGAUGCUCAGCGUGGAUGAUCUCUCGACAACAAAAAUAACACCAGGACCUUAUGAUCAUCUCAAUCUGGACGGUCUCAUAUUCAUAGGCGGAUUAUCUGUCAAUACCAAAAAUAAAGUGCGGAUCAAGGCGCUGAACUACCGUGGGUGUUUAUCAGACAUUGUUUUCGAUCGCGCAAAUCUACUGGACGGUGCGCAGAAAGCACUUGGCCCGGCGAAGACUCCAUCCCCUUAUCAGAUAUACGGGAAUGUAUUGUUUCAGUGUGAUCUAGAGGAUUAUAGACCCGUGAGUUUUUUGACACCGCAAUCGUUCGUGAAAGUCACUCUCCCAAAGCUCCCUCAAGAUAAUGAUACAUUCUCCGCAAGCUUUAAGUUCAGGACGUUUCACCAUGAGGGAAUCAUUUUCUCCAGAUCCGCCAUCAAGGUAAAGUUGAAUAUAAGGCUACAUAGUGGCGUUCUUAUGUACGAUGUCUUGGCGCCAAAUGGUUCGAAGGCGGAACUUCAGAUGGGGGAAAACCUGAAUGACGGCGAAUGGCACAGCGUUAACGCAUCUAUUGUACCUCCCAAUGUCCAGCUCACUCUUGACGAUAGGACCCGCAGUAAGUUCCUUAAUCUCACUUCGCUACUGUUAGACUUCUCGAAUAAAUCGCGCUUGAAGAUUUUCGCCGGAAGAGGAGCGAGGGAAUACAAGUUCCCUGGAUUUGUCGGUUGCAUGUUGAAUCUGAGAAUAGAUAGUCACAAGAUCACGGCAAGACAUCUCAGUAAACAGAAAUACUCGAAUGGAAUCGAUGCAACAAAAUGCGCCACUAGCAACAGGUGUUUUCCUAAUCCUUGCAUAAACCGUGGGACCUGCUGGCAGGACUGGCAGAGUUUCUAUUGCGAUUGCUCCAAUACCUACUUUGAGGGAAAGCGCUGCGAGCUACCUAUAUACAAGCCUACGUGUGAGCAUUACAAGAGCUUAGGGCUGAAACGCGACGCGCACUGCCUUCUGGAUUCUGAUGAGGAUGGACCCGAGGGGGAGUACACAGCUUUGUGUAACGUGACGGACCCGUCUCGAUCAUACACGGUACUUCAACACAACAAAGAGACGAGAGUGGCUGUCGAUUCUGGCAGCCGUAUAAACAGACAGUAUAUUCAUAAGAUUACAUACAACGCAGUGAGUGAAGCUCAAAUAACCGCCUUGAUUCGACAAAGUAAAAAAUGCCGACAGUUGAUUCGUUUCGACUGUAUAAAAUCCAAGUUACUUAACUCGCCGUCAGGGCCGUCACACGCAUUCUGGAGGCCAUUUAAGAGUAACAAGCUUCAAUCGUACUGGGGAGGUGCGAUUCCGGGCAGCGGUGCUUGCGCCUGCGGGAAUAAGGGUACUCCUAGUAGCUGCGAUAACCCGUCAAAGCUUUGCAACUGCGACAUCCGGGACAACGAGUGGCGCACGGAUGAGGGGUACUUUACAAACAAGGAGUUACUUCCGGUCACGGAGCUGCAAUUUCAUGAGAAAAGCGCGCGUUCGUACUUCACCCUCGGAGCCUUGGAGUGCUGGGGCCGCCACGGGAAAAACGAGGACGUCCACACGUCAGUAGUGGAUUUGAUAGAUAGGGUGUGUCACCCGGUGAUUGAGCCACCGCCCCCUUCGACUACGACAAAAAAAACAAUCAUUACAACGCUGACCACCAUGAGGAUAUGCGCCGCGAACGGUCCUUUAAUUGACUGCUUUUACAACUACUCCACCACUCUCCCGACCCACCCAUGGAUAUGGCCCCCCAUGUCUACGUCGACCCCAGAUUACGGUACGGGGGAGGCCGACCAACAGAGAAAGAAGGAUAUAACUGUGGAUAAUGGUCUAAGCAUGCCUGCGAUCGUACUUAUCUCGUGCGCCAUGAUUAUUAUGGUACUUCUCCUGAUGAGGUUUGUGCUGCCGCGUAUCAUAGUAUGCGUACGGACUCAUAGUAAGAGAGGGGAGUAUAUAGUACCUCCUGCAGUCGCGGGGACAGGGUAUGCGGGCCGAUUAAUGCCCCUGGUGGCUAGUAAGAGAGGAUCAGGUCGCGCCCGGGCACAGUACAGACUAGAGGACGGGAAACUCACAAACCACGAGACUAACAAUAUCAACGCAAGCGGGGGAAUCAAGUCCUACUGGGUGUGACAUGGUAGAGAUUGCGUGAUGUGGUGACAUCUAGAGAGAGGAUUGCGUUACGUGUGACAUCCAGGGUGAAAAUUACUUGAGUGUGACAUCUAGUGAAAAAAUCGCGUGACGUGUGACACCCAGUUAGAAGAUUGCGUGAGGUGUGACAUCCAUUGAGAUCCUGGUCUUGAACAUGAAUCAUAGCGAUUUGACGAAUGGUUGCGUAAUGUUUGGCGCUAGUGGUUAAUAGCAACAAAAGUGGCCAUGCGAAGUUGCAACACGGACGGACUCAUGAUUUCUAAAAAAUGGGAGGGGUACCAUACCGAAAGAGGGAGGGAGGGGACAGGAGGGGUCUACGGUUCUGCUCGUUGACAUCUCCUCUGCCUACAAGGGACGUAUAGGUGUGUCAAACCGGAACCUCGAUUGAAUAGGAGACGAGCAUGUCACACUUCACUAUGCCUAGGCAUGAAGAACAUGUCACGUUUUGACAAUAUUUCCAGCUCGCUCGGUCAUUUCUUUUAAGACACUACAUACCAUAGUUGGGGGUCCGCUUCUUCGACCGCUUUCGCCCCGCUACGCGUAAGGAUUCACAAACUAUUGAGUGAAGUACAGGAUUGACAGUUUUUGAGUGCAAUGUGUGUGCAGUGCUUUUUUUACUUUUCCUUAAAUGGCGCUGAUCUCGAUGGAAAUUGAUAAAAAGCUAGGGAUGUGGUUUUAUUCUACCAUACAUAAUUUUGUUUUACAAGAAAAUUGAUCCUUGAAAUAAAGCUGGGGCUAUGAGAAA